CCGGGGACAAGCUGGUUUGAGCUUGGCAUUGUCCGUGCGCAAGGUCCGCAUUUCUACGGUACGGCAGAGCCUUAUUGGUUUGGCCCGGAUUAGCCAUCUUCAGAGCAUUCUGGUCGACGGUUGUCAAGGACUGACUUAAAAAUCUCAAUACUAUCCGCUCUAAGGAGGAGAGUGGGCGUGCAAUUGAGUUUAUGGGGAUGCUGUGCCCAAUAAGGCAGGUGUGGAAGUGUGGAUAGAGCGCGCAGGUGUCAAGUCGGGCUGCUGCCAGUAUCAAUGCUGUACACCAGAACGCCCGCAUAUGCUAUGCUCCUCGUGCCAUAUACUCUUCCUCCUCAUGUAGUAGAGACCCUCGUUCUUUCUCUCCUUCAUCGUUAGCAUCAUGAACAACGAGUAUGAGCACGUCGCUGUCUUUUGGGAUUACGGAUAUGACAUCGUUGACAACGUCCGCCGUAUCGCGCAUACAUACGGAAGUGUCAAGCUUUUCAAAGCGUAUCUCGAGCUCUCCCAGCUAUCUUCCUCGAGGUCACUGAGCCUGCGAUCGGAGUUGCAGUCGUGUGGUGUGUCCUUGACGGACUGCCCACACAAUGGUGGGAAGGAUGUCGCGGACAAGAUGAUGAUCGUUGAUAUGCUCACCUAUGCAAUCGAUACACCCCCUCCCGCCACCAUAAUAAUAAUUACCGGUGAUCGCGACUUCGUGUAUGCUGUCUCUGUGCUUCGCCUACGGAGAUACCGCGUCGUCUUAAUUGCACCGUUAACGGGUCAUAAUAGUCUAAGGUCGCAGGCCUCAGCUGUGCUGGACUGGGACGUUGACGUUCUGGGGAAAGCUGGGCGAGAGUCCAACCGUGCCUCACACCGUCGCUUUCAGUCAUCAUCGGUGCCCGCCUUGGUUACCACGUCUCCGCAGAAGGGGCAGCGUGGACUCUCAUUUCGCGACAAUGCAGUUCCGUCUCUUGCCGAGCCGCUGCAACCUGCCUUACCGAUCCAUAGUCCAGACUGGAAGAAGCCCGUUCAGACAAGCCUUCCGGCAGUGAACGCAGUCCAAAUGGCAGAUACUGAGCUCCCAGAUGCCGAGCUUUCGGAGGUCGAUCCCGAAAAAGAAAAAUCAAACAGUUCCCCACUUAUAGCCGGAUACGCCACUGCUGCCAAGGCGGUGCAGACAGCAGAAGACGUUGAAGACAUUGUCGGACCAGACGCAAUUGCUGAUCUCAACCUCCACCUCCAUAACCUGCACAAUCAACAAAUAUAUGCAAACCUCCUUCCCGAGUCAUCCGCUGACGUAUCGGAAACGAGUUUGAACACGCCGAUACACCCCAAUGAAGUGGAGCAACAGACACCGCUCAGGCUCCAUGUAGCAAGUGAAGGAUCGGAUUACAAGAAUCUGAUAGAUCGGCCAUCCAGUUCCCCACCAAUCCUCCGUAAAUACGAUGCAGCUCCAACGCAGUCGUACCAUCGCGAGUCUGUCUCUCCAGAACGCGUCACAACACUCGGAGCAACACCAAUGACACCGGCACAGGAAAUCGCAAUCAAACAUGAAACCAAAUCCACAGAGCCCAUUCCCAACUUUUAUCGCCUUCUCCUGAUCUUACGUGAUCUCCAGAAGCGUGGGAUGUCUCGCCCGUCACGAACCGUCGUCUGCAAUAUGAUUUUGCAUCGAUAUGGCCAGGAGGCGCUCGCAUCUGCUGGUGUAGACACAUGGUCACAGUAUGCGGCUGCGGCGGAGAGCGUGGGUAUUGUUACGCUUGGCGGUGAGCAAGGGGAUACCUGGAUUUCUCUGAAUGAGACGCGGUUUCUCUCGUUCCAAGCGUGUUUCGAGGAUGUUGAACAGCAGGAGAACAAGCCUGAGGAGCCGCAGCCGCCUUUCAUGCCGACUAUACCUGUGUCCGCGGAACAUGCUAAUGCCGAGUUGCCCGCUACAAGCCAACUUUGCGAAGACAUUGCACAAGAAACUGAUGCUGUCGAAACACACGAGCUCAUUGGUCCCACGUCUUUCGACUCUCAUGACACGGAGCGACAGGGAUCCGCCUUGCCACCCAUUCCUAUCUAUCACUACGAUUUGCUUGUCAUCCUGGAGACGUUCAUGAGGCGUGGUGUAUACUCGCCGUGGUGCGAGGACGUUUCUCGCGCCCUUUUGCAGCGAAAUCCGAAUAUAUAUCAACAUGCUGGCGUGGAAACUUGGGAGGCAUACGUAAGUCAGGCAUUGAAGCUAGAUAUGGUCAAGCUUGGUUCAUUGCAAGGCAGCACCUGGAUUUCGCUCAGAUCUUCUUGGUACGGUCGAGUUCCAGUAGAUGUCGCAGGCCGCACAGUGGAUAUGAAAUACAUCGUGCGCGAGAGCAAGGCUGAUAGAUCGCAAGAGCAAGCUGAUACUCGUAGUGCACAUGGCCAAGUCCCACCUGCUGAGAUGAUGCCGGCGACAUCUUCUUCGCCUGCGUCGCCGAUUGCCUUGCCUGGCGAUGAGUCUAUACAGCCGAUCCUGCCUCACAGUCACUCCGAGGCAGCCACUGCGAAGAAACUUUCCGAAGACAUUGCACAAAGAACUGAUACUGUCCAGACGUCCGAGCCUAUCGAUCCCACUUUCCCUUCCGAGUCUGACCAAGGAGGGCAGCAGGAGCCUGCCUUGCCAGCCAUCACAGAUCAUUAUCAUGAUUUAAUUGUCAUUCUGCUCAAGCUCAGGAAGUGCGGCGUGUACUCGCCCUUGUGCGAAGACGUCUCUCUUGAGCUCUUGAAGCAGAGCCCGGAAAUAUAUCAACAUGCUGGCGUAGAAACGUGGGAGGCAUAUGCGAGUCAAGCAGUCAAGCUAGGCAUAGUCGUCCUCGGGUCGUCGAAGGGGUCCACCUGGAUUGCACUGAAGUCUUCGUGGUGCGAUGUACUCCCAGCAAGUUAUGCGGCAGAGGUGCAUGACCUUGUCUUCGGCUCUGCGGUGGAAGCCCCGUCUGUUCAGCCAACGUUGAUGCCCGACCGCCCGCAUUCACCAGUGCCGAGCGUAUCGCAGCAAGAUGGACCUGCAGAACCGACGCUGCCAUCCCUUGCACCCCACUUCUUGGCGCUUGUUACGGUGCUGGAGAGGUUCAGACUACAGAAUAUUACGCAACCCUUGCGUUCCAAAGUGAACGUUGCGCUCAUGGAAGAGGAUCCGAAUGCGAUUCGAUCGGCAGGAGUGACGCGUUGGAAGCAGUUUGCCGACUUGGCCGUACAAGAAGGCAUUGUCGUCUUAGGCGGGUUGCACGGGGCGGCAUGGAUUUCUUUGGAACCUACAUGGCACGGCAACGUUCACCCUCACUGAUCUACUUAAGCCUCAGCACACAUGCACGAUGGAUCCUUUCUGUCCACGAAUUUGUCACGAACUGUUAUGGAGAUGCUGAUACCCACACUAUUGGGCGAGUGGAAGACGCCGGUAACAAGGAUGUUAUGAUUAACGGAGACAGCGUGUUUCGAGCUCGCACUAAGAUUACUUGUUCGCCCAGAUGAGGAUGUGUGUAAUAUGUACAUGAAAAUAUCCAAUAUACCGCCCGGUUGAAUGCUGAGCUUCACAU